AUGACAAGCACUGUUGCAAAAAGACAAAAGAAUGUGCCCGUUACAGAAACCUUUUAUGGAUACAUUGAAACAACACGGGAUUCACUCUUAUUAUUCGAGGCCUGCAAACGGGGAUUGUUACCACGAAUUACUCGAAGAUUGCAAGACAAAGAGCGCAUCCUGAUUCGAAGUGGCACCAUAUUCUGUUUCGACGAGCAUGAGAGUGGGAUCAAACGGUGGACAGACGGCUUUGUAUGGUCUCCAUCACGGAUCAUGGGCAACUUUUUGAUAUAUCGUGAACUGGAGGAUAAGAAAUCAAUCCGCUCAAAAGACGCUACAUUCAAUAACAAGCACACGACUACCGCAAGGAACGCUACAACAGGCUAUGUGAUGGCACCAGAUUUACUACGUCGUCAGCAAGAAAAGGCUUUGGUGGGGUCUCUCAAGACAUCGUUUAAAUUCAAGCGAAAUGGACUGAUCAAGAAAUCCAUAUCAUUGAUAGUGGAUGGCGUGCAGCAACACAUCAUAAGCUAUUACAGCAAAGAGGAUGUGAUGUCCAGUAGACUCAGAACACCCUCUAGUUUGGUAGAAUUAGCGUCAUUGGAAGUGUCACCGGGCUUGCGCCUAAGGCAAAAUUUUCGAGCUCCUGCUUUCCAGCAACAGAGUAUGAUGGAAGAUACACCAGCAACAGCAAAUGAUGAUGGGUGGAAUCCAGUUACACAACGGCGCAACAAUAAGCGAAAAUAUACUGAAUACAAAAGCUCCUCAUCCACAUCGUAUGCUUCAUCCAACUCAGGCAUUACCAGCUCACAACUGGAACCGCCGCCCUCCGUGGACAAAGCAUCAGCGCCUUUGUGUUUAGGCAGCAAAAUGAACAAGAGGAAAGAGAAAUCGCACUCUUUACUGCCGCCAGUGAUACAUAAGCCACCAUCGAAUGAGGGUGUCGCUUACAUCGGAUUAGACUCUGGUGUGCAGAGUUUGUCCCUUGAUCUUCCUGCAGAUUUAUUGGAUGCUCCUCCUCCAACAAGCGGAUCUCAAGUGUCUUUUGCGCCAUGUAAAUCAACAUUGGCAUUGAACCAGCCUCUCAGCACUUGCUUUAGUAACACUCCACAAAGCAAGCAGGACAAUCCUCACACAACACUUGCUACCAAAUCAGUGGUCACCAACAAGCUCCCUCACCAAAUCAGCAGCAAUAUCUCUAUUGACAAGAAUUUCAGCAACACCAAUUAUACUUCCAGUUCUUCCAGGUUGUCCAGCACCAGCAAUGACUAUAACAUGACAAAUAACCAAAUGGGUUUGAUCGCAUCUGGCGGCUAUUAUGCCCCUUUCAAGGCAGAUGAUUACUAUGAGGGACAGAACCCGCAUCAACAUUUGUUUUCUUCCUCGUCAUUCCAUGCCAUCAAUCAUGCCUCUAUCCUGCCAAAUAGGAAUACUGACAUUACUGCAAAUGCCUUUAUGGAGGACAUUAAUGUUUUGCUGGGUACAGGUUGGAAUGAAUUUGAGUUGCAAAUGUAG